CAAAGACCGUGUAUACGAUGCGUGAAUCUAUAACACUCAUAAUUCUCAGAAACUGGAGCUUUUAAAAUCCUCAUAAAAGCUCAACACAUCGCCGACGAUGGCUGUCCAAGAAUUGAGUCUUGAUGUCGCGCUCCACAUCAAGUACUGGCAUCGAUGCCUCAAGAACGUUCUUCCAACAGGAUAUACAAGCAUGGAUUCCUCACGUAUGACUCUGGGCUUCUUCAUCCUCUCUGCCCUCGACCUUCUUGGAGCUGGUGCCGAGACAUUCCCAGAAGAUGAGCGAGCGAAUAUCAAAGAUUGGAUUCUGAAGUGCCAGCACCCCGAUGGUGGCUUCUGCGGGUCUCCAAAUCACAAAUACCCUGAUGCAGCCUAUGUUGAUGUUGGACAUGGCAAGCAGACGAUGGAUCCUGCGAAUCUGCCAGCUACUUAUUUUGCUAUAAUGGGGCUCAGUUUUGUUGGUUCGUUGGAUGGGGUGAGACGGGAUGAUUGUUUGAGGUGGAUAAAAGGGCUCCAGAGAGAGGACGGGAGCUUUGGGGAGUUCAUUACCCAAGACGGCGUUAUACAGGGCGGGACUGAUAUGCGAAUUUCUUAUGCUGCUAUGGCUAUAAGAUGGAUUUUGAAGGGCGACUACGACUCGAGUAAAGAAGAUGGAGCAGACAUCGACGUUGACCAACUCGUCAAAUAUAUUCGCUCUGGACAGACCUAUGAUGGCGGAAUAGGAGAGUCGUCUCGGCAUGAAGCACAUGCCGGAUAUACAUAUUGCGCCAUUGCCUCGCUCAAACUAGCCAACAGAUUAUCCAAGUCAAAAGAUUCGGAGCCGAUCUCAGGCCUCACAAAUGUUGAUUCGACGAUCCGUUGGCUCGUUUCAAGACAGACGGGCUAUACCACCGAGUCAGAUGAGGAGGAGGAAGGAGACGCAGAGCAUGCACCUGCUGUGAAAUUGCAGGGCAUCUAUACCGAGGAACCAGCACAUGAAGACGAGGAAUUUGUUGGCUUCAAUGGUCGCUGCAAUAAACGUGCGGACACCUGUUAUGCCUUCUGGGUUGGAGCAGCAAUUAACAUGCUCUGCCAAGAGAAAGUCGAACUCCUGGACAUUCCAGCGAUCCGUCGAUUCCUCUUCGAGCAGACACAGCAUAGAAUAGGAGGAUUUGGGAAAUGUCCGGGAGAUCCUCCAGAUAUCUAUCAUUCUUACUUGGCAUUGGCUGCGCUUGCAACAAUGAAGGAGCCUGAUCUGAAGCCAUUAGAUGCAGCUCUUUGCGUCAGUAUUCAACAAAAAGAAAAGAUCGAGCAGGUUCGUAAGGCGGCCUUGGUCUAGGCGAGGAUAUAGAAGCAUGGAUACAGCUUCUGAAUGUGGGAGGUUGGUCCCGACUUUGAAGCAUGACGGCUACCGAAAGGAAACUCCGAACGUUAGCGGCGGCGAUGAAGUCCGGGUGAAAGCAGGAGAGAAUGAACCGAUGAGAAGGGGUCUUGAGGUUGUUUAGG